UUCCAAGCCACGAGAAGCAGUGACCAGUAUUGCCUUGGACGAUCGACUGGCAAGCUAGCAACCCUUGUCUCGCUCCUCUACGAUAUACCUUCCCACGACCAUCCUCCCAGUCUGUUCCACAAGUCUACCUGCUCUCCGGUCUCGCUCUCAUCAUAUCUGACGCAUUCCUUCCUCGAUCCUCGACUUAAUCGCCCACCAUGCCUGGCCGCCUCCAGGACCGCAUUGCCCUGAUCACCGGCUCCUCCUCCGGAAUCGGCCGAGCGACCGCCAUCCUCUACGCCUCCGAAGGCGCCAAGCUCGUCUGCGCCGACCUGAACGAAGGCACCUGGCGUGAAGCCGCUCCCUCGGACGAGUCAAACGGUCCCACGCACGAGCGAAUCGAGCAAAAUGGCGGCGAAGCCAUCUUCGUCAAGACGGACGUCUCGGACCCAAAGUCCGUUGAAGCAGCUGUAGCAGCUGCUGUGGAGGAGUUUGGGCGAUUGGACAUCAUGAUCAACAAUGCCGGCUUCGCAAUGGAGUCCCGCACGCCCGGGCCCAUCUGGGAACUGAGUACAGACCUCUUUCACAAAACCGCGUCUGUCAACAUAAAUGGAGUAUUUUACGGCGUCAAGUAUGCUGCGGCUCAAAUGAUCAAGCAAGACCCGCUCGCAAAUGGCGACAGAGGCGUCAUCCUCAAUGCUGCCAGCGUGCUUGGACUGGUCGGCUCCGAGGGCGCAGCGGCGUACUGUACAUCCAAGGGCGCGGUCGCGAACAUGACACGAGCUGCAGCUAUGGAUUGUGCUCCAAAGGGGAUAAGAGUCAACGCUGUCAACCCUGGAUAUAUUGAAACGCACAUGACAGACCCGGUACUGGAGAAUGCCCAAGCGAAGCAAUUUGUCGAUUCAAUGCAUCCACUUCGUGGAGUGGGAAAACCGAUGGACAUUGCUCGCGCCUACCUUUUCCUCGCCUCAGAUGAUGCAAAUUGGAUGACGGGAGUGAACAUGCCGGUAGACGGAGGGUACACGGCAAGAUGA